UAUCAAAAAAUAUCAAUUUACAAUUAAGUUGUCUGUAGUCGAUGUCGAUUGUCGACGACGCGACGGGCUGUUAUAUUAACGUUAUAUUUUAUGCAUGCAGUUGUUAAAUUUUAAGGUAAUUAUUUGAUCGAUAUUCAGUCAUGUUGUUUGUUCACUGAGUUAUGUUAAUGUAGAAGUAAACAGUCUAGUUUUGGUAAUUAUUAUGAACGAAAAUGAUGUUUUAAUUUUAAAAAAACCAAAGGUAUAUCUAGUCAUGAAGUCCAUCAAUAAUUUGGCGAUCCUGGCGAUUGUUUCGGAAACUCUACAAUGUAUGGUCUAAUAUUUUUAUACUAUAAUAUAUGCCACAAUUAGAUGAACGCUUCUCUUCUGGUGUCGGGGAAACAAUCUUUUUAAACUAUUAAGUACAAAUAUAGUAAUAGAUACAGAUGAAUUAGAAUAAAUAACAAUUUAACUGUAAGAAAGAUACUGUAAGCAUGAGUAACACAUUUAACAGUUAAUCACAGUGCACGUUUGCAACAUUCGUCAUGGGAGUGGUAAAAAAAAAUAAAACUGUGGUUAGAAAAAGUCCCAGGCAACAUCAGUGCAAAUUCUGUUAUAAGGUAUUCCCUUUUCCCAAUGUAUUAAAAAAGCAUUACAGAGUACACACUGGUGAAAGACCGUACGAAUGCGAUUUGUGCGGUAACAGAUUCACCCACCAAAAUACUCUACGCAAUCACAAGUUGUGCAUUCAUAACUGCGGCCGAGAUGAAGACUUUACGUGUGGUCAUUGCGACAAAAAAUUCCCUAUGAAGGAACGUCUUAUUGAACAUGUGCGCAUUCAUACAGGAUAUUAUCCUCACAGAUGUGACAAAUGUUUAAAAACAUUCACACGAGCCAGUCAGUUAUGGCAACAUGCGCGAUCACAUAAUAAACAGUAUACAUUAGAAUGUGCCAUAUGCCAUCAGUUGUUUGCCUGCCGUUCCGUGCUACGAGGUCACAUGAAAAGACAUAUGGGUCAAAAUGAUUUUGUGUGUGAAGUUUGCGGAAAAGCUUUUUUACGUAGGGAUGGUUUAACGAAACAUUUAUCGAGCUAUCAUAACAAUAUCAGAGCUUUUACGUGUAAAAUUUGCCACAAGCAAUUUAAAGGUCACAUGAUACAACACUUAAGAACACACAGACAUGAAAAGCCGUACGAGUGCAAAAGCUGUGAUGCUCGUUUUGUUCAGCGAUCUCAACUGACAGUCCACGAAAGAAGGCACAGUGGGGAGAAACCGUAUCCGUGUCCGGUUUGUAAAGUUUCUUUUGCGCAUUCGACGGCAAUGAAAAUGCACGUACGACGACAUACUGGGGAAAAACCCUUUAAGUGCCUGGUGUGUAUGAAUACGGCGUUUACGCAACUACCACAUUUAAAAAAGCACAUGUUGACCAUACACAAAACAGACAAGCCAUAUUUAUGUGUAAAAUGUAAUGCAUACUUCAAAACCAAAACCCAAAUAUUAACUCAUGAAGAGUCGUGUUCUCCGAAACAAGAAUCAAAAGAAAUAAUUGCUCCAAGCAUGGCUCUAGAUCGUAUGCGUAUGUUGUUGGCUGUUUUGUUAAUUCGCAUAUCGACUACCGAAAGGUUAAACGCACUAGGAUUUGGUAAAAGAUUAAUAGAUUUAGUGUUAUGCGACUCCAUUGAGAACUCGGGACGUAGUCCAUAUCGUGACGUUAAGCUUAGUGAAAACGAUUUAUUAAAAAAAAAUAUAGAAAUACUAUUGGAUUGGACCAUCCCAAAAGUUUAUAUGGAUCGGUUCAAGAGCGAACGGCGCACGACUGAAGAAAUUUUAGAGGAACUAACGUCAUGAUUUUUUUUUUCAAUUUAUAUAGCAUGCUAUUACUUGUAACCUUUCCCUGUAUCAUAUUUUUAAGAGACAUUCUUAUCACAAAAAUGUUUAUUAUUGUUUUGACAAACAUUAAAUUUCUUGUGAAACACCAGACUUUGAUGGUGUUGUAUUCUUAUUCUUUAAAACUAUUAUUUAAUCUUUAAUUUUACGAUGAUGAUAAUACACGUUUUUGUGGUAGAAGAAUCAAUAUAGGCAAUGUUCUACUAUUAUUUUUAUACUGUAAUCUGCUAUUAUUUAUUAGCUCCUUGUUCUUCUGCAGCUAUCUUGUAAUCGCAAAACUUAAAAUAUUUAUGAAAGCUCAUAAACGGUGGUGGUUGAGUUUUAUUUGAUAUAUACCUCUGUAUCUAAUAUUGUAAAUAAUCCGUUAAAGCCAGUUGUAGACAAAAUUUUAGACAUUUUUCAUUGAAAUAUUUACAAGAGAAAAUUAAGAAAAUGUACUGAUAAAUUAUUUGCUUUUCUUGAAUAUAUUUCAAUAGGUAAAGGACUAUAUCUAUCUAUAACUUUGAUAUUAAAUUGGUGUUGGUUUUCACAAAUGUUAAUAUUAUUAUAUAUUACUAUAUACUUGCUUUUCGCUGUAACCAAAUCAUAUUUUAUAGUUUAAUAAUGUAAAAUAUCUAGUUAAAUUUUUUUAAUUUAUUG